CCAACGUGCUUAAACAAAGACCGUUGAUCUCAUCCCACGAUACACCUUACAGUAUAUAUACACACAAAUAGAGAGCGUCGUUACUUGUGCCAAACUUAUCUCCAAACAAUUUCUUUUCUCGAGAAAAAUUUAGAAUGUUUACUGACUCUCUCGUAAGAUUCUCAGAGUUCGUAGCCGACUCCAUCAUCAUCGCGUUCCUCGUCGUCUUCUCUCUCCGUCUCUUCUUUAGAUUCGCUAGUUUCCUCGCGAGCCGUUCUUGGCGACGUUACCGUACGUUCACGGUCCAUCGUCGGAGAUGGAUAAGAAGAGCCGCGGCGGAUGAAAAACAUUCGUCGACGACGUAUUGUACGAUUUGUUUGGAAGACGCGGCGGAGGGAGAGAGGAUGAGGAGGAUAACGGCGUGCAGCCAUUGUUUCCACGCUGAUUGCAUCGAUCCGUGGCUGGAGAAGAAGUCCACGUGUCCUCUGUGUAGAGCUCAGAUUCCUCCGGCGCCUCCCGGAAACCCUCUGCUCGCGCUUAUUGUUCCUCCCGGCGUGUUUGAGAUGUUUACCAAAGGAACCUUCCCGGACGCGGCGUCAUCGUCAACAAUAUUUGAUUAAUUUAAUUAGGACUACUAAAACACGAGUUUAUCAAUGUUUUUUUAGAAAUUAAUUAAUCUACUCAUUCAUUUAUAUUGUCCUUGUAUUUUUUUUUAACUGUAUAGUUCUUUCCUGAAAUUUGGAAUAUUGAACCAUAUGAACAAGACAAUACAAACCUCUAACAUGUUAUCUUGUGGAGAAAGUGACAGUAUUAUUAGUUAGUGUUUUUAUAAUACACUUCCUAAAGAUGUUUGUUUUUCUUCACCACUUUAGAAAUUUUCUUACCAACUAUUAUCUAAUCCACCACCCAAUACAGUUGCUUUUUGUCUCCAAAACUAAAAGGAAGGAAACCUGAGUCCAGAAAACAACAACCGAAAGCCCAAAAGAAAUCUAGUUAAUACCCAUACUUAAGAAGGAACCAAACAGAACCAAAAUUAAACCCGACCAAGUUAAAAUCAAACUAGAAAAACGGUUGGCAAUAAAACUCUUCACCCACUCAAACCGUUGGCAAUAAACCAAGACUUCUCAAAUUCUUCCUCGAGCGUAUCUUUUGCGAGUAUCGCGAUUAGGGUUAGCCACCAAGAGAUCCAUCAGUCUGUAGAGCUAGCAAACCAGAGUGCAAGCAAGUCAGAUGAGAGAGCAGCGGUGGAGUCACGAUAACUGAGCGCCUUGUUCCUUAUUAGCCGAUCAAUCUGGCUAGAGAUGAGAGUAGCAAAUUUGAAACUUUGGCGAUGUAGCCGGUGAUUUCUUUCGGUCCAAAGAGAGUAGAUCGUGGCCUGCCAAGCUAAUAGGAGGAAUUUCUUUGCUUCUCUAGUUCCCCUGAAUGACUGUAAGCUUUGAAGAGUUGACGACCAAGACAUGGUAGGAGUAAGAGAGCACCUUCGGGAGAUAGGAGCCCACACUGGCCAACUGAAAGGGCACUCGAAUAGUAAAUGAUCCCGACUUUCAUCCGCCGAUCCGCAUAGAAGACAAUUAGGGUCCACCUGCAAGCCCUAGUUCUUCAACCUAUCCCGAGUUGGACAACGAUUCAACACAAAUAACCAGGUAAGGAAAUUAUAUUUCGGGAUUCCCCCCGAGGACCAUACUAUCUUGUGCCACGGUACUGAUGGUUGGGUUACCUUGAUAGCCUUAUAGUUGUGUUUUUCUUGGUCAACUACUAAAUUUUAUUCCAACCCCUGAAGAGGCAAAUAUCGACAUAAGAAUUUAGAAGUAAGUUAAAACUGCCAACGAAUCCGGCACUACGUGUGGUAGAAGAAGGGAAUAACUAAAAAAAAAAAAAGAGAAAUAAAUUUCUGAUAUCAGAGAAAUAUCCUGAUCUGAACUCAAUAGAGCAGAUAUAGUGAUUAUUGCACUUGUAAUGAAGUCAGACUAUUUAACUAUAUAUAUGUGAAUGGGAUCGAUGCUUUUUGGUA